UCACAUCUGUAGUGGCUUUUUUUCCUCUCAUCUGGGGGUCAAAGGAGAAGGACCGAGAAUGUCGUCCCAGGCUGCGGGGAACCAGAGCUCCUCGGGGAUGGCAGAUGACUACUCCUGGUACAUCGACGAGGCCCCGGGGGCUGAGGAGCUCCAGCCGGAGGGGGCAGUGCCCUCCUGCCACCUCAGUGUGCCACCCGGCCUGCCUCACGCCUGCCUUGCCUCGCUGUCGAUCCUCGUGCUGCUGCUGCUGGCCAUGCUGGGGAGGCACCGCCGGCUCCGGCCUGGCUGUGGACACGGCAGGCUGGGCCUGCCCAGCCCUGUGGAUUUCUUGGCUGGGGACAGGCCCCGGACAGUGCCUGCUGCCGUCUUCGUGGUCCUCUUCAGUUCCCUGUGUUUGCUGCUCCCUGACAAGGACCCGCUGCCCUUCCUGAGCCUCGCCUUGCCACCCAGCCCAGAUGUGGAAACUGAGACUCUAAGAGGGUCCUGGAAGAUGCUGGGCCUGCUCUAUUACGCGGCCCUCUACUACCCGCUGGCCGCCUGUGCCACAGCUGGCCACAGAGCCGCACACCUGCUCGGCAGCGCACUGUCCUGGGCCCACCUUGGGGUCCAGGUCUGGCAGAGGGCAGAGUGUCCCCAGGCACCCCAGAUCUACAAGUACUACUCCCUGCUGGCCUCCCUGCCUCUCCUUCUGGGCCUCGGAUUCCUGAGCCUUUGGUACCCGGCGCAGCUGGUGAGAAGCUUCAGCCGUAGGACAGGCUUUGAGGUCUCACAGGGGCUGCAGAGCGGCGACUCUGAGGAAUACCUGAGGACUCUCCUUCGCCGGAAGACUCUGGAGAGGAGCUCCCACUCCCCCAAGCAUGGCUUCCUGUCCCAGGCCUGGGCCUGCCUCCGACAGUGCAUCUACACCCCACAGAGAGGGUUCCGCCUCCCCCUGAAGCUGGUGCUUUCUGCCACCCUGACAGGGACGGCCAUUUACCAGGUGGCCCUGCUGCUGUUGGUGGGCGUGGUCCCCACCAUCCAGAAGGUGAGGGCGGGGGUCACCACGGACGUCUCCUACCUGCUGGCCGGCUUUGGGAUCGUGCUCUCAGAGGACAGGCAGGAGGUGGUGGAGCUGGUGAAGCACUAUCUGUGGGCUCUGGAAGUUUGCUACGUCUCAGCCUUGGUCUUGUCCUGCUCACUCACCGUCCUGGUCCUGGUCCGCUCGCUGGCAGCACACAGGGCCAACCUUCGAGCUCUGCACCGAGGGGCUGCCCUGGACCUGGGUUCCCCACCCCAGAGCCCCCACCCCUCCCGCCAAGCCAUAUUCUGUUGGAUGAGCUUCAGCGCCUACCAGACUGCCUUCACCUGCCUUGGGCUCCUGGUGCAGCAGAUCAUCUUCUUCCUGGGGACCACAGCCCUCGCCUUCCUGGUGUUUGUGCCUGUGCUCCACGGCAGGAACCUCCUGCUUCUACGAUUUCUGGAGUCCUCAUGGCCCUUCUGGCUGACUUUGGCCCUGGCUGUGACCCUGCAGAAUGUGGCAGCCCACUGGGUCUUCCUGGAGACUCAUCACGGACGCCCAGAGCUGACCCACCGGCACGCACUCUACGCGGCCACCUUUCUUCUCUUCCCGGUCAACGUGCUGGUGGGUGCCGUGGUGGCCGCCUGGCGAGUGUUCCUCUCUGCCCUCUACAACGCUGUCCACCUCGGCCAGGCAGACCUCAGCCUGCUGCCCCCGAGAGCCGCCACUUUUGACCCCGGCUACCACACAUACCGCAACUUCUUGAAGAUCGAAGUCAGCCAGUCGCAUCCAGCCGUGACAGCCUUCUGCACCCUGCUCCUGCGAGCACGGAGCCCCCGGCCCUGGACCCCGCCAGCCCCCCAGGACAGCCUCAGGCCGGGAGAGGAAGAAGGAAUGCAGCUGCUGCAAACAAAGGACCCCAUAGCCAAGGGAGCAGGGCCCAGGGCCAGCUGUGGCAGGGCCCGCUGGGGCCUGGCCUACACGCUGCUGCACAACCCCGCCCUGCAGGCCUUCCGGAAGACAGCCCGGCCAGGUGCCCAGGCCAAUGGCACCCAGGCCUGAGGGCAGGGAGGCCAACCCACCUGCCCUUCUGUGCUGUGGCACAGUCCCGUUCACCACCCUGCACCCUCCCUGGCUCUCCCAGCACCGCCCCAGCCACAGUAGCCCCUCCACUGAGCACAGCUCUGCCACAGGUCCCCUGGGAUCACCACGGUUGGGUGGACGUCUGUCUGCUCUCUGAGCCUCAGGGGCCUCUGCUCUGCCCCUUGGCUGUGGGGGAGCCAGCCGGAGCCCUGGAGAAAGCAAUGGGUGCAUUAGGCCCUUGGGGCAGGAGCCAAUGGAGCUGGGGCCGCCACAUCCAGGCCCCUCCCCACCCUGGCUCUGCCACCAGCCUUGCAGAGCCUCUCUGAAGCCUUCUCUGGAUUGGACGGGGUUGGUGAUUCAAGGCAGGGCUGCCUUGCAUUCCGGCUCAGCCUCAGCUCAGCCUUGCCCUUCAUGCCGGGGAGCCAGCCGUGCCUCUUCCUCUCUCUCUGAGCUUCCCGUCUUCUCCGGGAUGGGGCUGGGAGGCUCCUGGAACUCUGGCCCGCAAGGCAGCCCAAGCCAUGACUCAAGCCAGGCCCCACACCGAGCUGCCCACACUUGAGAGCCAGAUAUUUUUGUAGUUUUUGUGCCUGUAGCUAUUAUGAAAGAGGUUAGUGUGUUCCCUGUAAUAAACUUGUUCCUGACA